CAGGCGCGCGGAGCUGCCGUUAGAGCUGCCGUUAGAAAGGGGAUUUCAGUAAACGGCUUGUGGCUGCCUCCUCCGCUAAGAGGAUUGAAAACUACCAGUUUCUGUCUCGUUUGAACAACCCCGCAGUUUCUUUCUACUGUAGCGGGUAAAAAAAACUGAGAACUCAAGGAGAGGACAGAGGAGAGAGGACAGAGGAGAGAGGAGAGCAGGCACAGCCGGAAGAUGAGCACCGGAGCGGGCAUCGACUACAGCGUCUGGGAUCACGUCUAUGUGUCGGACGAUGAAGAUGUGGUCUGUCCGUACGUCGACACGCCGAGCUUGUUCAGAAUGAGACACCGGGUCAGCAGUGAAACUUGUAGUAGCCGUGAAGUUUGGAGUCGUAUACCUGGGUUAGUUUUUACCUGUAGACGUGAUUUUGCCCGGCUGGAGAGAAUGGCUGAGUUUCAGCAGAGAGGGGAAGACCUGGAGAGUAACUUAGCUGAAUGCAAGAGGCUAUUAGAGGAAGCCCAGGGCCAACUUAAGGAGCUGGAAGAAGGAAGAAAGGAGAAGGAGGAGGAUGAAGAGAGAGAGGCCGAGCUGAAGAAAGUCCAGGCCCAGGUGAGAAAACUGAAGAAGGAUGAAAAGUCGUUUGAGAAAAUGAUCAAAGAGCACCGUUGGGAAGAAAAGAAACUUCCCUGGAAUGUAGACAACAUCAGUAAAGAAGGCUUCAGCAAGAGUGUAGUCAACGUCAAGCCUGUUUCAACGGAGGAAACGGAGGAGGAAAAGGUGGAGAAGCAUACGGCCUUUGUGAUGAAAUAUGCAAAGGAAAUCAAAUACUUUGGUAUGUUGCGACGCUGGGACGACAGUCAGAAGUAUCUGUCAGACAAUCCACAUCUGGUGUGCGACGAGACGGCUAAUUACCUUGUUGUCAUCUGUAUUGACUUUGAGAUAGAUGAGAAACACGCACUGAUGGAGCAGGUGGCCCACCAGGCUAUCGUCAUGCAGUUCAUCUUGGAUUCGGCUCGGACGCUUAAGGUCGACCCGAGAGGCUGCUUCAGACAAUUCUUUUCAAAGAUCAAGACUGCAGACAAGCCGUACCAAGACGCGUUCGACCGUGAGCUGGAGUUGCUGAAGGAGCGGAUCCGCAGCUGUGCGCAGACUCGUAUGGAGAGCGCUAUGAAAGAGCUAGAGGAAGAAGAGAGGCAGAAGAGACUGGGCCCAGGCGGCUUAGACCCUGUAGAGGUCUACGAAUCCUUGCCAAAGGACCUACAGAAGAGUUUUGACGAGAAGAACAUUCAGAUGCUGCAGGAAGCUAUCAACAAACUGGACCCUGAGGAAGGAAAAUACUACCUUAGAAUGUGUAUUGACUCUGGACUGUGGGUCCCUGAUUCCGAAGAAGACAAAGAUGAUGAUGAAGAUGAAGAUGAAGAAGAUGCAGAAAAAGAUUAAUAGGAGAAUGUAUAAUGGCAUCAGUUGAUCUGAUUCUCCAUUUUGACUCACAGUGUGAAACAUAUUUUAUGAGCAUAUGGACUAAACCAUAAUGUAAAAGCACUUUUACAGUCUAUCUAUUUUAUGCCUCAAUCAGUUCAUUUAAUAAUGAGAAAUGUCAUUACAAUCAGCUGAUUUGAUAUAAAAUCACCUAUUUUAAUCCUGUGUAUUAAUCACGAAAGAAAGGUGAUUGCAGUUUUAAACUCUCAAUAUACUCUCAACAGUUACUGAGUACAUAUUGUUGUAUGUCAUUACAGUUGGCUGCUGUGUGAUAUAGGUCUUCCUUCUCUGCACACAUUUUUGAGUGAAGACAGCAGCUUGAAAGAUCAGUUGAGAAAACGGCUAUUUUAACACACCUUGUAAAAGUACUAAACAGCAGCACAGGUGCCACGGACGUCACCUAACCAUCUGUGUAACACAGCUACAGACUGGAUGAGAGGCAGUUGCCAAAAUAUGAUUCUGAUUGGCUCUCACUUUUGAAUUAUUACUCUCAAAAACAUCUAAAGAAAAAAAAGGUUUACUACAGGAUUUACAGAUCAAACUUAUCUGCCUGCCCAACUGCAUCUCUGUUGUCCUGCUGCGAUCAACAGCGCCACCUGUAGUGUGCUUGGGCACACAACCUAUAAACGACCUCAGAGCCCUGCAUAGUGAACACAGAUCCAUCAAGUUACUUCACUUAUUAUGUUUGUGCUGGUGAAAUUUAAAGUCCACCGCCUGAGUAACUUAUAAUCAAUAUCAACUGAUAUUGAUUUGCUUUAAAUUAAAUGGAGAAUUCUGCUCAACAUUCAAACAUUCAGAGUCUAGUUUGUGUCCAGUUGAUAGUUGUUGCUACUAUUUGGUGGACAACAUAACAAAAACCUUACAAAUGUCCUACAUAAAUAUGAAUUAGGUGAACUUUGAUAAAGUUUGGUAUUUGUUGAGACUGUCAGAGGUGUUGAUUUCACUAGAAAAAGUAUUAUAUUACAUUUUCUGUUGUAUUUAGGGUGUAUCCUUGGCAUGGUGGGAACUAGAGGGAGGCUGAUAAGCAUAUAUAUGUCAGCUGAUAGGUUACAAUAAAUUGCAGUAUAAAAUACAUAAAUACAUAUUUGAGAAUAUUUAGAAACUGUUCAUGUAAAACAUGUAGCUGAUACAUUAAAAUCAGGUAAAUAUCAAUAUUGGUAAUUUUGAUAGUAGGAACUCCAGGCAUCUCAAAGUAAACUAUGAUGACAAAUUGAUGCAUAAAGUGUUUUAAGUUGCAACUGAUUUUGAUUAAUUUACUGAUUAAGAAGAAAGUUUGCAGUGAUAUAAAACAGAAAAGCAGUAACAUAUUUGAGAGGCAGAAACUAGAGAAUGUUAUUUGCAUGAAAAAUUAAAUGAUUAAUCGAAUAUCAAAAUAAAUAAAUCUUAAUCGGUUAGUAGGGGAAUUGUUUCAGCUCUAACACUGAUGUAAAGAUGAGUUUGAAGAGUCAAAUAGUUGCUGCUUUGUAAUGAAAGUUGUCACAAUGUGUGUUUUUGUGUGCAUAAGUUUUAUUUCAUGUUUACCUUUUGAAGUUGUGAGACUGUUUUUAAGUUGUUUUGUUGGCUCGAACUUGUACAAUAAAUCAGACUUAAUUUA